AUGGAUCUUGAAGAAUAGUAAGGUCUUAUUCCGAAUAUAACACCUGCCAAACCUAUCAAAUAAGUACGUAAAGUCAAAUAUACUAAAUAAACCUACUUCAAUUAUUUGAUUGCAAUUUUAGCAUUAAUUAUUCUUGGACUUAUGUCAUAUAUUGUAAUAGAUAUAACUGGUUAUGAAAUCAUGCAUCUUUCAUUUAAAUCAACCACAAAAUAACUUAAUAAUACCAAUUAUUUAACUGAUUAAAAAUAAGAGUAAUUACAAUCUGAUAAUACUAUCGAUAAUACAUCUUAAUUAGAUAAUUUGUUAUUAAGUGACUCUAAUAAUAACAUACAAAAUUAAGAAGCUAAAAAUGAAGAAAUUAUUGAUCAAAAUAUUUCAACUUAGGAUGAAAUCAAUUAUAAUGAAGAACAAUAAAUUCAAAAUUUAAAUAGUUAAGAUUAAACAUUUUAAAGUGCCACAUUAGAUUUUGGAGAUUCAUAAGAAAUUCAAGAUUAAGUUUAAAUACUUAAUGAAGAUUAAUAACUUGAAUCAUAUUCACUAAUAUAAUAAGGAUCUAGUAUAAUUAUACCAAAAAUUGAUGAUUAAAAAUAUAAUUAUAUUGAAUUGCCCAAUAAAAUGAAAAUACUAUUAAUCUAAAAUGACAAUGAAAAUGCAGAAAUAUAUCUUAAUGAUUUUUAAGGAUAUUGGUAAACUUAAUAUUUUGUAAAAUGUGAUAUAUGUAAAAUUACAAUUAAAGAAUAACAAACCUAAUAUUUCAUUUCAACUAAAUCUGAUGAUAUAUUAACAUCCUUUAUAGAAUUGAGCAAAGUAUUUUCAUCAGAAACUCCUUAAUUAAAAUAAAUAAAUUAUUAAAAAACAUCUUGGGAAGAAUUACUUUCAUAAAUAUCUAAUUCAAAUCAUCCACUUUCAUCUAAAUAUUCAAAGACAUCCUCAACAUUUCAAUUGUCUCCAAAUCAAAUUGUUUUAAUAAUCAAAGGCAAAUUUAAUUCAGAUGAAUUAAUGGAUGGUAUUAUACAAAGCGAUAUUGUUUUAUUAAGAGAUAAAGAUAUAUAAGAAAAAUAAAAUAUUUAAAUCUUUGAUAAUCCUGGAAGUAUCAUUAAAUGGAAUAAUUAAAAAGACUUAAAUUCUAUUAAAAUAAUCUAUGAAUUUGAAGAUAGCAAAGAAUUAAACUUUAUUGAUUAUUUUAUACAGACAUCCCUUUAAAAUUAUAUAAUUAACAAUAAAUUAGGCCUAGAUGUUUAAUCUAAAGUCCUAUUAGAUUAAAAUAACAGACAGUUAUAUUAAAUUUAAAUAGCUUUGCCUUUUUAAGAUUAAAUGGAUUAUGAUUAAAGAGAGUUAGCAUUUCGAUUAAGUAAAAUUAUCACUAAUUUUGCAAAUACUUUGUAAAAACAACUUCUUAGUUAAGAUAAUUAAUUAUCUGAAUAUUGUAAAUAAAUGAUUGAUUAAUUGUAAUAAAUUAAUAAUUUGAAAUUUGAUUAUGAUAAUAGAGAAUCUAAUUAUUUAGAAAUUGCUUAAAAUCUUAAAUCAGAUUAUAUUGAAGAAGUACUUCAUUAUAAAUUUUUAGUCUAAAUUAUGCCUGAGUCUUUAAAGAAAACAUUAGAUAAUUUAUAAUCUACAAAAAAUUUAAUCAUUAUUGUAAGUGAUUCUUAAUAUCAUACUGAAAAUAGUUAUCUCUAAAUUUCUAAGGGUUCUGCUACAUAAGAUUUACUCUUCUUAACUUAAGAUGAAUUAGAUAUUAAUUAAAAUGGAAUUUCUUAUUCAUUAAAAGAAAUGACUGAUUAAACUAAGUAAUUUAUUGAAAAAACUGAACAAGAUUUCCUAUUUGUUUUCCCUUAAAUUAAUUCAUAUAUACCUUAAGAUUUAAAUUUAGUUGAAUAAAUUUAACCAUUCAAAAUUAAUGAUUAAGUUGAAGUUGUUGUUGAUGUUUCUAAAAAUUUACCAAAAAUUAAUGCAGAAAUAACUAUUUUCACAUAUGGAUAAUUUAUAUAUGCAUAAUAUUUAUAUGAAAGAAUUAUUAUGGAAUAUUAAGAUGCUAUCAAUGUAGGAUAUGGAAUUGAUGUCAAUUAAAAUCAAUAUUUUUAAAUCUAAUUACAUGGUUGGUCAGAUCAUUAUACAAAAAUAUUCAAAGGAAUUAUGGAAAUAAUUAAAGAGAAACCAAAUGAAGAAUUAAAAAGUUAAUUACAAUAUAAAUUUGAUAUGCUCCCAGAACAUCUAAAACUAAUAAAUUUCAAAAUUGAAUCAAUCCUUAUUGCUAAUUAUAAAAAACCAUAAUUUGGAGCUCUAGGAUAAAAUUAUAAAAUGAAACUUACAGGGAACAUUGAAAAAGAAUAAGCCAAUUAAUUAUAUUAAUUACUUGAUAAAGCUUUGAAUUUUAAAUCUAAAUAGAAGUUUGAUUCAAUAUAAAUUUAUAGUGUUAGGAAUAAAGAAAUUAUUUAUCAAAUAAAAGCUAAAGAUAAAUGGCAUUUAUUGAUAAACUAUUAUUAAUUUUCUUAAUUAACUGAAAAUCAACAAAAAUUAUUUAAUAAAAUAUAAGAAAAUAUUUAACAAAAAGCCUAAGAAUCACAUAUUAUUUUUGAGAAAAAAACUAUUGGUUGCACAUAAGGUUUUUUCUUGAUUGUGCAAUCUUCUAAAGAAUUAGAAGAAUAAAAGGAGAAACUUGAUAAAUUAAUUAUCUCAUCACUUAAUGAAUUAAAUAAAGCUGAUAAUUAAAGCAAAUAGAACAAAAAGUCAAAAUAUUCAUAAUUUUGGAAGAAAGAAUCAGGAAAAAUCACUUUCUUUAUUGAUGAUUUAAAUAGAAGUUCUAAUUUUUAGAGUUUAGAAUAAAUUCAAUGUAAAUGAAAAG